AUGGCGUACCCGUAUGUGUUCCACGCGCAGGCGCCACGGGCGAGAGCGGAGGAAUACAAGGCGAAGGGUGCAAUGCCACAGCCACAACCACAACCACAGGUGAGGGAGCAGUGGCCGGCCGGCGGCGGCGGCGGUGGAAGCAGCACGCGUGCGCGUGCCGGCGGCGCCGGAUGGAUGGGCAUUGGCUCCGGCGACAGGCCGCUGGCGAGCACCUACGACCUCGUGGAGCGGAUGCAUUACCUGUACGUGCGGGUCGUCAAGGCGCGCGGGAUCCCCGUUGGCGCGGUCACCGGCGGGUGCAGCCCCUACGUCGAGGUGCGCCUCGGCAACUACCGCGGCACGACGCGGCACCACGAGGGGAAGACGAGCCCGGAGUGGAACCAGGUGUUCGCCUUCUCCAGGGAGCGCGUCCAGGCCACGGCGCUCGAGGUGCUCGUCAUGGACAGGAACGCCGUGGCGCGCGACGACUGCGUCGGCAGGGUCGUGUUCGAUGUCGCCGAGGUGCCGGUGCGAGUGCCGCCCGACAGCCCGCUCGCGCCGCAGUGGUACCGCCUCGAGACCGCACGCCACGGCGGUGGCGGCGGUGGGAUGGUGCUGCAGAGCGAGGUCAUGCUCGCGGUGUGGGCCGGCACGCAGGCCGACGAGGCGUUCGCGGACGCGUGGCACGCCGACGCGGCGUCGGUGCGCGGCGGCGUCGAUGGAGUGGCGGCCGCUUUGCAGAGCGCGCGGUCCAAGGUGUACGUGACGCCGAAGCUGUGGUACCUCCGGAUAAACGUGCUUGAGGCUCAGGACGUCGUGAUGGGCGGCGGCCUCUUCGUCGGCGACAAGGUCCGGCCGCACGUCGAGGUCUUCGCUAAGGUCCAAGUCGGCGGCAUGAUGCUCCGGACCAAGCCGUGCGCCAUGAGGAACCCGGCAAGCCUGGCGUGGAACGAGGAGCUGGUCUUCGUCGUGGCCGAGCCGUUCGAGGAUCCGGCGGUGCUAAUCGUCGAGGCCCGUGCGCACCCUGGCAAGGACGAGAUCGUCGGGCGCGCCGUGCUGCCGCUCACGAUCUUCGAGAAGCGCCUCGACCGCCGGGCGAUCCACUCGCAGUGGUUCAGCCUGGAGCCGUUUGGGCACCCGCUGCGGCAACAGGAAGCCAGGUUCGCCGGCCGCGUCCACCUCCGGGCGUGCCUCGAAGGCGCGUACCACGUCAUGGACGAGCCGACCAUGUACGUGAGCGACACGCGCCCCACGGCGCGGCAGCUCUGGCGCCCUCCCGUCGGCGUGCUCGAGGUCGGCGUCCUCGGCGCGCAGGGCCUCACUCCCAUGAAGACCAUCGACGGCCGGGGCACCACCGACGCGUACUGCGUCGCCAAGUACGGGCAGAAGUGGGUGCGCACGCGCACCGCCGUCGACUCGUGCAGCCCGCGGUGGAACGAGCAGUACACGUGGGAGGUGUACGACCCGUGCACGGUGCUCACGCUCGCCAUGUUCGACAACUGCCAACUCGGCAACGCCGGCACCGCUGCCGCCGGCAUCAGCACCGUCAGAGACCAGAGGAUGGGCAAGGUGAGGAUUCGCCUCUCGACGCUGGAAAUGGACAAGGUGUACACCAACGCGCACCCGCUCGUCGUGCUGCACCCGUCCGGCGUGCGCAAGAACGGCGAGCUCUGCCUCGCCGUGCGCGUCACCUCCGUCUCUCUGUCCAGCGUCGUGUUUUUGUACGGACAGCCCCUCCUCCCCAAGAUGCAUUACCUCCAGCCGUUCACCAUCCCGCAGCUCGACGCACUCCGGCGGCAGGCGAUGAGCAUCGCGGCGGCGCGGCUCGGCCGGGCCGAGCCGCCGCUGCGCCGGGAGGUUGUGGAGUACAUGCUCGACGCAGACUCGCAGGCGUGGAGCCUGCGGCGGAGCAAGGCUAACUUCUUUCGGGUCACGGCGCUGCUGUCCGGCGCGGCCAGCAUGGUGCGGUGGCUCGUGGACGUGUGCCACUGGAGGAAACCGGCGACGACCGUGCUUGUUCACCUGCUCUUCAUCACCCUCAUGUGCUUCCCGGAGCUCAUUCUGCCGACCAUGUUCCUGUACAUGUCCGUAAUUGGAGUUUGGAACUACCGGCGCCGGCCCCGCCGCCCGGCGAACAUGGACGCGAGGCUCUCCUGCGCGGAGGCCACCCACCCGGACGAGAUAGAUGAGGAGCUGGACACGUUCCCGACGUCGAAGCCGAACGACGUGGUGCGGCUGCGGUACGAUCGGCUGCGGAGCGUGGCCGGGCGGAUCCAGACGGUGGUCGGGGACGUGGCGACGCAGGGAGAGCGGGUGCGGUCGCUGCUCGCGUGGAGGGACCCAAGGGCCACGGCGCUGUUCACCGCGCUCUGCCUCGUCGCCGCCGUGGCGCUGUACGUCACGCCGUUCCGGGUCGUCGUGCUCGUCGCCGGGCUGUAUGUGCUGCGACACCCGCGGUUCCGGAGCCGGAUGCCGUCGGCGGCCAGCAACUUCUUCAAGAGGCUGCCCUCCAGGGCCGAUACGAUGCUAUAG